GCGCCUGGGCGGGGCCUGUAGCGUGGUAGCACUGCGGGGUCUCAGUGUGAGACGCGCCGCCGAGCCGCAGCCAUGAUUAUACCUGUUCGCUGUUUCACCUGCGGCAAGAUCGUUGGGAACAAGUGGGAGGCCUACCUGGGGCUGCUGCAGGCCGAGUACACCGAGGGGGACGCCCUGGAUGCCCUGGGCCUGAAGCGCUACUGCUGCCGCCGCAUGCUGCUAGCCCAUGUUGACCUGAUCGAGAAGCUACUCAACUAUGCGCCUCUGGAGAAGUGAACCAGGAGCCCUCCCUCACCAUUCCACCCCUCCUGCUGUGUUCACCAUGAGCAGUCACUGUGAUUUUAGGGUUCUCUAAACUGAGGUGUCAAGAAGCCGGGAGCAAUGCCUCACCACAGCACAUGGGCCUGCAUCCCCCACCCUGGAGAGGACAUCCAGUAAAUGUCUUUUGGAACCACCA